GGAGUAAGAUAUAUAUAUACAUAUUUAUAUAAAACCAUAUAGAUUACCUCCAGCAAAAUGUCUCCAUCUACGUCUUCCGGAAUAAUUAAUCGGUGGGCGACAAUAACCCCUUUUGGUUCUUUUGGGCGUUUGGCUUGAGAUACACCUUUUUUCUGCGUGAUAAAGGUUUUGAGUUUUGAAAAGACGACGGCCUUUGAUAUAAUCCUGGUUGAUCAUUUUAAAUGGAUGCUCCUGUUGAUUUCUUGCAAUGGCUUCAAACUGACAUGUCACUAAAGAUUUUAACGUGCCUGGAUGAUCCAUCUGAUCUCAUCCGUGCUAGCUCUGUCUCGCGCUUCUGGCGCCAUUUUGUGAUUGCAAAUGGACUUUGUAAGCAGUUGUGUUUGAGAAUGUUUCCUCAAUUUUCUAGUGUUGCUUGUGUCAUGGAUCCAAGCCAUGAGGUGAAAGAACCUGUGAAUGUUGGAUCAAGCAUUUCCAUGGAAUGGGGCACUCUUGAGAGCGACCACAGGGUCUAUGCCUCUCUAGUUCGAGCCCUCACAACAUUUGCAGAAAGUGACUGCAUAGCGGAGGCUAUUAGUGCUUCGAGUACUGACAAUUAUCCAGAAGAAAGCAUACUUCAUACUCUAGAUCCAAGGGACAGAAUUCACCGAAGGGCCUCAUAUUGGUCGAGCACAGGACAGAGUAAUCCUGCUGUGCCUGAGACGCUAAUAUAUAAAUUAACGGCCGAACUUUGUGUUGUUACUGAAAUCAGCUUACAACCUUUCCAAGCUUACUUUCAGUGGGGCUUUCCCAUAUACUCGGCCAAAUCUGUGCGAUUUCGGGUGGGUCAUCUCAAAUCUCCAAUGGAUAUGGGAAGUGAUCUCAUUGAUUUGCCAUUGCAGCAACCAGCUGAUGAUAAGUUUGUCUGGACAUAUACUUCACAAGAGUUCCCAAUGACUCAGGAAAAUCGCUUACAGACGUUCGAACUGCCGGAACCUGUUCUUUGCAUUGGUGGAUUUUUACAAAUCGAACUGUUGGGUAGGGUUCAGAGACAACAAAUGGAUGGCUUAUUCUAUAUAUGUGUGUCACAUGUUCAAGUUAAGGGGCGGUCAUUAUGUCCACCAUUUAAUGCUAAAAUCAUUGAUCGCUCUGGAAAAUUUUUGUUGACUUACCUUCCUCCCGGGGAUGAGCCUGGUGAUCCCUCUCAGUUGCCUGCGACGCCAUCAAAUUGGGUGCAUAGAAAUUUGGAGCAGUUGCUAAAUAUGUUGCGUGGAAAUGCACCAGGUGUGGAUGUCGAUGCGAUGGAGGCUUUGGAAUGGGAUGAAGAGGACAAUGACUUGGAUGAAAUGCUUAUUUUCUGAAUUUCUGUAACAAAUUUUCUUUUCGGCUUCCCUCAUCUGAAUAUCGCUCUCGGUUAAUUUCUCAGCUCUGCCAAAUCCCCCCACAGCUGUGUGAACUCGACACCGUUAGUAAUCUUACCUUCAUGUGUAGGUGUCAAACGUGUUUACUGUUAUAAAACCUAUGAUUACCAUCUCUCAAAUGGAGAGCAAACACAAUUAGUUAUCCUCAUAUAUAUAUAUAUAUAUAUAUAUAUAUAUAUAUGUUAAAUGAAAUAUUGCAUUAUCUUA